AUUUCAUCCUUUUUUUCUCAUGAAUCGUAUGCACUCAGCACAGUAGAAUGAAAUAUGUUUCGUUUUUCUGUCUAGGUCAAGUGCUUGGGAACUCCUCCUGACUGAGUGAGCGCACGCCUCCCAUUGCUGACAGACGUGAUGUUUUACCGGUUGCUAUCGGUGGUCCAAAGACAAAGAACCAGCCGAGGAUGGCAGAACUGGCCCUCAGCCAGAAGUGGUGCAUCAGCGGCCGAGGCGCAUUCUGUCGCCCUGCCUGCCCAGGCGCAGGUGGUCAUCUGUGGCGGGGGAAUCAUGGGCACAUCCGUGGCCUAUCACCUGUCCAAGAUGGGGUGGAAGGACAUUGUCCUUUUGGAGCAGGGCAGGCUGGCUGCUGGCUCUACGAGGUUCUGUGCAGGCAUCAUAAGCACUGCCAGGCACUUGGGCAUUGAGCAGAAGAUGGCAGACUAUUCAAACAAACUGUACCAGCAGCUGGAGCAAGAAACAGGGAUCCAAACAGGUUACAUACGGACAGGCUCCAUCUUUCUGGCCCAGACGCAGGACCGGCUGAUCUCCCUGAAGCGCAUCAACUCCAGGCUGAAUGUGAUAGGCAUCCCUUCUGAGAUCAUCUCCCCCAAGAAAGUGGCCGAGCUGCACCCUCUGCUCAACGUGCAUGACCUGGCGGGGGCCAUGCACGUCCCCGAGGACGCGGUGGUGUCCUCUGCUGACGUGGCUCUUGCCCUGGCAAGUGCUGCCUCCCAAAAUGGUGUUCAGAUCUAUGACCGGACAAGUGUUGUUCACGUGAUGAUCAAAAAAGGUGAAGUUACUGGCGUGGAGACUGAUAAAGGACAGAUCGAAUGCCAGUAUUUUGUCAAUUGUGCUGGUCAGUGGGCAUACGAGCUGGGUCUGUCCAACGAGGAGCCGAUUAGUAUCCCGUUACAUGCCUGCGAACACUUCUACCUCCUGACUCGCCCCUUGGAGACCCCUCUGCAGAGCAACACACCAAAUAUUGUGGACGCAGAUGGCAGAAUUUAUAUUCGCAACUGGCAGGGCGGCAUCUUGUCUGGGGGCUUUGAGAAAACCCCGAAACCAAUUUUCACUGAGGGCAAGAACCAGCUGGAGAUUCACAACCUACAGGAAGACUGGGACCACUUUGAGCCCCUGUUGAGCUCCCUCCUGCGUAGGAUGCCAGACCUGGAGACAUUGGAGAUCAUGAAGUUGGUCAACUGCCCCGAGACCUUCACACCAGACAUGAGGUGCAUCAUGGGUGAGUCUCCUUUGGUUAAGGGCUACUUUGUCCUGGCAGGAAUGAACUCUGCUGGCCUUUCGUUUGGUGGAGGAGCUGGAAAGUACCUCGCUGAGUGGAUGGUGUAUGGUUAUCCCUCAGAAAACGUCUGGGAGCUGGACCUGAAGCGUUUCGGAGCCCUGCAGAGCAGCCGCACCUUUCUGCGCCACCGGGUCAUGGAAGUCAUGCCUCUGCUGUAUGAGUUAAAGGUUCCUCGUUGGGACUUCCAGACAGGGAGGCAGUUACGCACAUCCCCUCUCUAUGACCGGCUGGACGCACAAGGAGCCAGGUGGAUGGAAAAGCAUGGAUUCGAGAGGCCAAAGUACUUUGUGCCACCAGACAAGGACCUCCUGGCUUUGGAGCAGAGCAAGACUUUCUAUAAGCCGGACUGGUUUGACAUUGUGGAGUCUGAAGUCAAGUGCUGUAAGGAAGCUGUAUGUGUCAUUGACAUGUCCUCUUUCACAAAGUUUGAAAUAACAUCCACCGGAGAUCAGGCAUUAGAAAUUCUGCAGUACCUCUUCUCCAAUGACCUUGACGUACCCGUGGGCCACAUCGUGCAUACCGGCAUGCUCAAUGAGGGCGGAGGAUAUGAAAAUGACUGCAGCAUAGCGCGCCUGAACAAGCGCAGUUUCUUCAUGAUUUCUCCAACCGACCAGCAGGUCCACAGUUGGGCCUGGCUUAAGAAGCACAUGCAGCUAGACAGCAACCUGCUCCUGGAGGACGUCACCUGGAAAUACACAGCCCUCAACCUGAUUGGUCCUCGAGCUGUGGAUGUGCUGUCCGAGUUGUCCUAUGCCCCAAUAACUCCAGACCACUUCCCAAGCCUCUUCUGCAAGGAGAUGAGUGUGGGCUAUGCCAACGGGAUUCGGGUGAUGAGCAUGACUCACACGGGAGAGCCGGGCUUCAUGCUUUACAUCCCCAUAGAGUAUGCCCUACAUGUCUACAAUGAAGUGAUGAGUGUGGGGCAGAAAUACGGGAUCCGGAAUGCUGGGUAUUAUGCUCUUCGUAGUCUCCGAAUUGAGAAGUUUUUUGCCUUCUGGGGUCAGGAUCUGAAUACCCUCACCACCCCCCUGGAAUGUGGACGAGAGUCUCGGGUGAAAUUCGAGAAGGGGGUGGAUUUCAUUGGUCGAGAUGCCCUGCUGCAGCAGAGGCAGAACGGGGUGUACAAACGCCUGGCUAUGUUCGUCCUGGACGACCACGACACAGACCUGGACCUCUGGCCUUGGUGGGGAGAGCCCAUUUACCGAAACGGGCUGUACGCUGGCAAGACCACCAGCAGUGCCUAUAGCUACACCCUGGAGCGCCACGUUUGCCUGGGCUUCGUGCACAAUUUCUCCGAGGACACUGGGGAAGAGCAGGUGGUAACGGCAGAUUUCAUCAACCGGGGAGAGUAUGAGAUUGACAUCGCGGGACAGCGGUUCCAGGCCAAGGCCCGGCUCUACCCGGUCGCCUCCCUCUACACCCAUAAGCGCCGAAAGGAAGACGUGGAGCUAAGUGACUUGCAUGGGAAGUAAUGCCAGGCAGUCUUACCGUCUUAGGAGCCUCUGUCCUGAUCCUGUCCCUCUUCUCGAUUUAACCUUUACCUUCCAUUUCUUAUCUCCUUGGUAUCAUUUUAAACUUUUUGCUUUGCAGCCUCUCUUGUCCUUUCAUCUCCUCACACUCAGUCUGAGCUGUUUGUCCCAUCCGUCCACCCGUCUCAGAUUCCCAUGGGGACAGGAGCAAGCCCCACUUGUAGAAGUGUGUGUGGUGGCAGUCGGAUGUCACAUGCUGUGUUGGGAAGCCAGGGAAGCUGGUGGUGUGCAGGCAGGAGUCCAUCUCCGUGGGCCAGGUGUUCUCAGAGCCGCCUGCUGACGGUGAUGAGUUGCUGUGUGCUUGUUAGGGCCCUGAGGCAGUUGUGCCUUCAGCCAGGCAGCUGCGUUCCUGUUCCACUGUGCUGUGGGCUGGCACCAUGAUACCUCGAGCAAGAUGACCAUCUACCUCACUGACGAGAGGCAUCGGGUGGGCUGCAGAGAUAAAGUCAAGCUGACAUUAUUCCCAGUCUCCCUAACAACUAGUUCUCGACCAGAGGACCAGGGACACCUGCCUAUAAUUUUCUUCAUCGCUUGUUAAUCUCUGUAAUGAGGGGCUUUGCUUGUUUGGUUGAGUAAACAAGUGAGCCACAGUAUUUGAAAGGGGAAAACCAUGUUGCUUUUUUCAGAUGAAAGGAAAGGGUCUUAACCUCAGAAAGUACCAACACCAAACAGUGCUGCUUUCUCUUCCUGUCCCUUCGGUGGUAGGCUCACUAGCUCAGCAAAUAUUUCUUCCCUUUAGGAAGAGGGAGGGGAAGGUAGGGCAGCACACAUACUGAGUUCAAGAGGACUAGACUGCCAAGUUCUGCUUCCUCGGGCAGGACAGAUCCACAGCUGACCCACGUGGGUUCUGAGCGAAGAGGGUGUCUGUUGUGUGAGCCUAGCAGACUGCUUUCCAUCCUUGCUUUCCGUCUCGUCUGGAAUAGAAAGUGACUGGAGUGCUUCCAAGAGGGUCACGCACAGUUCAGAAAUGUCUUUCAAGGGUGAAAAUUGAGUGACAUCAGACUAUACUAUUCAUCCCAACACUUAAUUCUUAGUUUCCCCUGUCACCAAAGCUGAUUUCUUAAAAGUAUAAACUGUUGCUAGAGAUGUAACUAAUUAACUGCAGCCUUUGUUGUAUUGACAUCGUAGACACAUUAGCUCUGCUAGGUCUGUAAGUCUAAUAACGAAGGUGCUCCAGGUGCUAGCCUGCUCUGGCUGCUAUUUACCCCCUUAAUCAGACUGUCUGCCUCUAGGCAUGUCUUGCCAUUUCCCCAGCCAGUGCCCACCUUUUUAGGAGGUCUUAGUUGAUUUGUUAAGGGAGCAUGUGAUUAGAAUUGCUUGGCGGGCCUUGCUAUUCUGGUGCAGAUGUGUAUGUAAUGGCUGAGAGAUGUUGCUCCUAGGCACAGAGGAGAAAGGAGAGGUGUGCCCCGUGGGAGAACAGGAGCUGUGCCAAUGCAGGUAACCAGCAGGGAGCCGACUGGCCCAAGAAGAUGGAAACAGGUGCUAGAGGGCUACAGGUAUUACACGCUCUGCACCAUUCCCGAAUCACCUUUUCUAGUUACGCAUAAAUGUCUUCUUGUCCACAGCAGAGGGCGUCACUUGUUUAUUGAGUGCCCUGCAGCACACAUUAGUUUUGGGCACUUCAAAGUUUAUCCCUGAAGUCUCUUUUUGUUCAGAUACAGGCAGCGUGAAUCUGGUAGUUUUCUCCAUUUGGUCCUAAAUCUGGAGGGGUUGACUGACUCCCACCUCUAGCAUAAAUGACAGUCUCAACACCUAAUGUGUAUGUCAUUUCCAUCUCUGGGGCAGUGAGGCCCCAAGUGUUUGUCUUGUGUGACCACUUACCUCUCUCUAGGGAUUCGAGGGGUUCUGGACUCCUGUGACUGGGGGGAUGGACUUUAAGAUGGUUGGUACUUUCUUCUCUGAAAGGAUCCAUCAUCACCUCUUGGGGAGCGGUGGGGGACGGGGGGCCUCUUCUAUCUUGUCAGCAUAUUCAAUUGAGGGAAUCUUUUUUAACCUAAAAGCACAAGGUGUGUUAGCCUCAAGCAGAUGAAGACCCAGGGGUUGCAAGUCUCCCGUGCGCCGCCUCCUCCCUUGAUACACCUUCUAAGCCCCUCCUGCACGCAUCUGUCCUGUUUCUUGCCACGGUCGUGGCCUUAAAUUGAAGUGUGUUAUUAGAAAGAUUCCCAUCUGUGAUACUGUCACUGAAGUCAGAAAAGCGCUAAUUAAGAAAGUUUUAAGAACAAAAAGUACCCACUUGGAUAACCUGUUUGCUGCCCUUUAACUUGUGAUGUAGUCUCAUACCUGCAUGUGCAGGACAUGCUCCAGGAGGCACAGGGGAACAACUCCCACCACAGUGCUAGUGCUCUUCUGGGGAGUCCCUGUACCCCCAAACCUGAGCAAUGCCAUUCAGGCUAGGGCCAAAGGUCUUAGCCCAGUGAUUAACCUGCUUCACUUUGGCCCAAAGAUCCCAUUUCUGCAGGCGUAGAGCAGUCACUAAGAGAGGACUCCCUGCCCUGAUUUCUGACUCACGGACACUUGGGGCAUCUGAGUGUCUUCACCACCUUUCAGAACCUGAGGCAGGUAAGAGGGACCCUUCUGCGACCUGUGGUCUUGGUUCUGACCUGGAAGGCUGUGCCCAGUAGGACAGCUCACUGGCCCGCUUUCAGGGGUAAGCUGCGAGGCUCACUUUUCUCUGUGGCUCCUUGCACAGGGUAGGCAGCAAGGAUCCUCCCUAGUGUCUAAGGCAGAGGUUUGGUCAGCAGUGCUUAAUGCUAAAGAAUAACCUUCUGGGGUUUUCCCCCUAUUACCUUCCCCCUCCUGUCCCUCACAAACUCUGAUAUAAGCAGCAUUUUAUCAACACAAUAUAGGGGAAAUUUUCUUGUGAGGAAAGAAUUUUCACCUCACACAUCAUUUCCAGGCACAUGGGUUCAGGAGCAGCACACUUGAGUGGAAGAAAUGGUAGGUGAAACAGUGUUUCCUGCAUUAACUAGGACAUCCAACUGUAAGUUGUGAGUAAGCUGUAGGUCUGCCAGUCAGCACCUCCCCCUGCCUCCACUGUAAGGUGCUGAGUUGUAAGGCUCCUUCAUCGUCAGUGUGGGGCUCACACGCGCAGCCCCUCAUCACUAACAAAUGCACUAUUUUACAAGAGAACUAUUUUUGUAUGUGUUGCCUUCUUUGUCCAUUACACACCAGAGUUGUUUCUUCAUAAUAUGAUUCUUGACUUUUCUGAACAGUGUCCUUGGAGAAUUACACAUUUCUCAUGGGCCAUUUUUCUCAUGAUAUUUAGAUGCAGCUAUUUUUAUCCUUUGCAAUCCUUCUGCCUCUUAAGUGCAAAAAUUAGGGGAGGUGGGAAGGAUGUUUUUAGCACCUGUUUCAAAAGAUCUAAGCCAGGAAUCCCUUUGCACACCAAGAACUGGGGCUUGGAGCACAUCUUUUCUCCACGCCAGUUCUCGUGCCUUACACUCCAGAGUGUCCCGUGGUGGGUGGAGACAGGAGGGAGGCAAAGGUAACUCCAUUUCAGGCUGAGGGUUCCUUCACCCGCUCACCUCUCCUUCCCCAGAGCAGGUGGGUGUGGGUAGAGGCUGCCCCAGCUCGUCUCAGCACACUCACACCUUCCUCUCCGGUCAACUCCCAGGAUGUGUCAAAGCGCCACUGCAAUGAUUGUCAAGUGCAUUAGCUCAUUAUCCGCACCUAUAACUGUGCAGUCUGUCCCGCCCCUUUCUGUCCCUUUGUGUGUAGCGUUAGCAUGUGGUCCUAAAGCCAUUUGAGGAACUUAGGUAAACGGGAUCUUCUCUCAAGGGCCCUGGUGACAGGCACAGGGUGACCGAGCCUUUCUGCCUCCAUGAACACGGUAUCAACGUUGUGCACUGUAUUUCUAUCAAGCCGGACUUCAAUUAAGUUUUUCUUUUCAUAUUACCAGGUUUAUAAAUGAAUAAAAAGACACUUUAAUUACUCUUA